CUGCAUUUUAUCCCACCUCCUGGUAAUGCAAAUGCUUCCCCGCAACUUUAUACUUUAGCCAAGUACUGAAGCGCAGUGUGACUUCGCUUCUUUUGGAGCCAACGUGGCUUGACUCGUGCUCAGUUUACUAAUCUGUAGUUAGGUUAAAGGAGAUGAAGCUCCACUUAGUGCAAAAUAUCAUCACCCUGAACGAAAAAGAAGCCAUUGGGAGGCAACUGCUGAUAUGUCUGAAGAUUUCUCAGAAGGAGAAACAGAUGACUAUGCAAGUGACAUUUCUACUGAUGAAAGCAGAGAUGGAAAAGUACCAGGAACUGGUGAUGCUAUUGUGACGAUUAAUACCUGGGAUGGUAAUCACCAGAAAGAAAACACAUUGUACGUUGUGUUAGUAAGCCUCCAUGGUCUCAUUAGGGGUGAGAAUAUGGAGCUUGGUUGUGAUUCUGAUACUGGUGGUCAGGUUAAAUAUGUCGUCGAACUUGCAAGGGCUCUAGCUACAAUGCCCGGAGUUUGUCGGGUCGAUUUGCUUACGAGACAAGUAUUAGCUCCAAAUGUAGACUGGAGUUAUGGUGAACCCGCAGAGAUGCUUCCUCCUAGAGGCUCUGAAGAAUUCAUGCAUGACAAGGGAGACAGUAGUGGUGCAUAUAUUGUUCGUAUACCGUUUGCGCCAAGAGAUAAGUAUAUCCCCAAGGAGCUUUUGUGGCCGCAUAUUCCCGAAUUCGUUGAUGGUGCACUGAAGCAUAUUGUACAGAUGUCCAAAAUUUUAGGGGAACAUAUUGGUAGAGGGGAACCAGUUUGGCCAAUCGCCAUCCAUGGACACUAUGCUGAUGCUGGCGACUCUGCUGCUCUUCUCUCUGGUGCGUUAAACGUUCCUAUGAUUUUCACAGGCCACUCUCUUGGCCGGGAUAAGCUGGAACAGGCCAUGAAAAAAGGAUGUCUAUCAAGAAAAGAAUUAAAUGCAACAUACAAAAUAAUGCGUAGGAUAGAGGCCGAAGAGCUCUCACUUGAUGCUUCAGAAAUAGUUAUAACUAGCACCAUGCAAGAGGUGGAAAAGCAAUGGAGUUUGUAUGAUGGUUUUGAUGUUCAACUUGAGCAUAAACUACGAAAUGUUACCUGUGAUGGCAAGUACAUGCCCCGAAUGUUCGUAAUUCCUCCUGGCAUGGAAUUCAAUCACAUGGCUUUGCCUGAAGGUGUUAUUAAUGGUGAACCCAGACUAAAUGAAGCUUCUUCUGACCCGCCUAUUUGGUCCGAGAUAAAGCGCUUUUUGACCAAUCCUCACAAGCCUAUGAUCCUUGCACUAGCUAGACCGGACCCCAAAAAGAACAUCACAACCUUGGUCAAAGCAUUUGGAGAGUGUCGUCAGCUAAGAGAGCUGGCCAACCUUACAUUAAUAAUGGGUAACCGGGAAGGAAUUGAUGAAAUGCCAGGCUAUAAUGCGUCUGUUCUUGUCUCAGUACUUAAACUAAUUGACAAUUAUGAUUUGUACGGUCAUAUAGCAUAUCCCAAACACCACAAGCAGCCUGAUGUUCCUGACAUUUAUCGUCUUGCAGCAAAGACUAAGGGUGUCUUCAUAAAUCCAGCUUACAUUGAACCAUUUGGACUGACUCUUAUAGAGGCAGCAGCUCAUGGUUUGCCAAUUGUUGCUACAAUCAAUGGAGGUCCAGUUGAUAUACACCGGGUUCUUGACAAUGGCAUCCUUGUUAAUCCGCAUAAUCAACAUGCCAUUGCUGAUGCUCUACUAGAGCUGAUUACUAACAAGCAGCGCUGGGAGAAAUGUCGGCAGAAUGGAUUGGAUAGGAUUCACCAUUUUUCAUGGCCAGAACAUUGCAAGACCUACCUUUCUCACAUAGCCAAUUAUAGGCCAAGGCAUCCACAAUGGCAAAGAAAUAAUGAGUUUGAUGACUCGAGAGAGAUACACAAGAAAAUGGAUGAGGUUGUUGGAUAUCUUGAUAAUGCUGUAGAAUCUAUUGAACAUCCUACUAAUAAUAGCAAGAGUAGGAAUUUCGGAGACACUACUGGUAAAUUCCCUGCACUGAGGCUGAGAAAGCAUAUUUUUGUAAUUGCUGUCGACUAUGAUGAUAAUGCAGAUAUUGUACGAAUGAUUAAGAAUGUUUUUGAGGCAACAGUCGAGGAGAAAGCCUCAGGUGCAGUAGGGUUCAUUCUAUCAACAGCCUUGACCAUAUCGGAGAUAAACUCUUGCCUAGUCUACGGGGGACUAAGUGCAACAGAUUUUGAUGCUUAUAUCUGCAACAGUGGAGGGGAUCUCUACUAUCCAUCUUCAGAAAAUGAUAAUCACUUUGGGCUUCCUUUUGUACUCGACUCAGAUUACCAUUCACAAAUCAAAUACCGUUGGGGUGGAGAGUGCUUAAGAAAGGCUUUAGUUCACUGGGCUGCUAAUAUUGCUGGUAAAGAGGGGGGAAAUGGGAAAUCAUUCGUUAUAAAUGAAGAUACUCAGAGAUCAACCACCUACUGUCAUUCAUUCAAAGUGGAAAACCCAUCGUUGAUUCCACCUUUCUCAGAGAUUCGUAAGUUGAUGAGAAUCAAAGCCCUCCGGGGCCAUGUCAUCUACUGUCACAAUGGGACUAAGCUCCAUGUAAUUCCUGUACUGGCGUCGCGAGCGCAAGCCCUCAGGUAUCUAUACAUCAGAUGGGGAACAGAACUGACGAAUAUGGUUGUUAUUGUUGGAGAAUGUGGAGACACAGAUUACGAAGGAUUGCUUGGAGGAGUACACAAGACAGUAGUGUUAAACGGGGUUUGCAGAAAAGCACGAACUGUGCUUCACUCUAAUAGGAAUUACCCACUCGAAGAUGUUAUCGCGUAUGAUAACCCCAACAUCGUUCAUACUGGCGAGGGUUGCAGCAGCACUGACAUAAAGACUGCACUUGGAAAACUAGGUGUUAUAACGACCUUGGCGAUUCGACCCGGUUUGCAACUUCAUUGAGUAAAUAAAUAGCAAAACUGUUUGGCAAGGAAGCAAAUAUUAAUUUCGGGUUACAAAUGCAGUUCCAUUCCAUUUGCACUGCCAAAGUAGUUCACCAGAAAAACAAAACAAAAACUGUAUUUGCUUCACUUUUGUGGUUAAUAUUUUGCGAUCUGAUUUGAUUUUCUUGCGGUGACCCACAUUAUAUCUAAAUCCAACUCUUAUGAUUUC